UUUCACUCUAAAAAUGUCAUCCUCAACAGCAACAUCAGCUCUCCUUCUCCUUUUCUGCACUCUCUGGGCCGUUGCUGUCAAUGGCGCUGGUCAUCAACAUGCAUCAGCCCCAGCACCCGGUACGGCCGUGGAUUGUUCUACUUUGGUGCUGAGCAUGGCCGAUUGUUUGUCUUUUGUGUCGAAUGACAGUACCACUACUCAGCCAGAGAAAAGAUGCUGUACUGGUUUGAAAACUGUUCUGAAAACCGAUGCUCAGUGUCUUUGUGAGGCUUUCAAAAGUAGUGCUCAGUUGGGUAUUGUUUUGAAUGUCACAAAGGCUGUUUCUUUGCCCGCUGCUUGCAAACUUCAUGCUCCUUCUGUUUCCAAUUGUGGAUGUUCGUCUUCUUUUCUUUCUUUUUUUUAAGAUUUUUGUUUGUGGGU